GUAUGACUGGCUAGCUGCUGUACUGCUCCCAUAGCCCCGUACUCGCUUACGCUGUGAUUUCGAAUAAUAGAGACAAGUGAAUUACGAAACAUAUGGUAAGAAACCAAAAGCAACUCGCCUUUAUUGAGUUCUCAAGAACAUAAUUGACCACUUGGUACAUUAUGAAGAUGCAUUAGGAAACUGGAUAUGGUGCCAAAAGAACUCCGCGCGUUUCCAUGACUCUCUUGGACCCUGACUCAGAUAUUUUUGGAUAUAUAUUUCUCUUCUAAGAAGAAGAGUGCAUCCUUCAAGUGCUCUCUGCCAGCUCGCUGGCAGAGAUCUUGUACUGAGAUCAUGGACCAUUCGAAUAGGGAAAAGGAUGAAAGGCAGCGCACGACGAAAGGGAUGCCGGGCAGGAGCGGGCACGGCACUCGGCCAUCGAGUUCAUCCGCAUCUUCUGGUGUUCUUAUGGUGGGACCCAACUUCAGAGUGGGCAAGAAGAUUGGGUGUGGGAACUUUGGAGAGCUCAGACUAGGCAAAAAUCUCUACACCAAUGAAUAUGUAGCGAUCAAACUGGAACCAAUAAAAUCACGUGCACCACAGCUUCAUUUAGAGUACCGAUUUUAUAAGCAACUUGGAAGUGCGGCUGAAGGCCUUCCCCAAGUGUAUUACUUUGGACCGUGUGGAAAGUACAACGCCAUGGUACUAGAACUGCUUGGUCCGAGCUUGGAAGAUUUGUUUGACCUCUGCGAUAGGACGUUCACUUUGAAGACGGUGUUAAUGAUAGCCAUCCAGCUGAUAUCUCGGAUGGAAUAUGUGCAUUCAAAGAACCUCAUCUACCGAGAUGUCAAGCCAGAGAACUUCCUUAUUGGCCGGCAAGGCAAUAAGAAAGAGCACGUCAUUCACAUCAUAGACUUUGGAUUGGCGAAGGAGUACAUUGAUCCCGAAACCAAAAAACACAUCCCUUACAGGGAACACAAGAGCUUAACUGGAACAGCAAGAUACAUGUCCAUCAACACUCAUCUCGGCAAAGAGCAAAGUCGUCGGGACGAUCUGGAGGCCCUUGGCCAUAUGUUCAUGUAUUUCCUCCGAGGCAGCCUGCCCUGGCAAGGAUUGAAGGCUGACACCUUGAAAGAGAGGUAUCAGAAGAUUGGGGACACAAAGAGAAACACUCCGGUUGAAGUUCUCUGUGAGAACUUUCCAGAGGAGAUGGCCACAUAUCUCCGUUACGUUCGGCGAUUAGACUUCUUUGAGAGACCAGACUACGAUUACUUGCGCACCAUCUUCACCGAGCUGUUUGAAAAGAAAGGCUACACCUUCGACUACGUCUACGACUGGGUUGGCAGGCCAAUUCCUACCCCAGUGGGAUCCGUUCACAUAGAUUCCGGGACAUCUGCAGUGACAAGAGACAGCCACGUGCAUAGAGAUCGACCAUCGCAGCAGGCCCAUCGCAACCAGGCGGCMUCAGACCGCCGAGGAGAGUGGGAGAUCCAGCCCAACCGGCAGACGAAUACCUCGUACUUGACAUCUCACUUGGCUGCAGACCGGCAUGGAGGAUCAGUACAGGUCAUCCUCAGCCACCAGGGAAUACCUGGUAGCAUCUGGACUCCAGAAAUGAGCAUGGACCAUAGGGCCUUCCAGACUCAGUUAUCAGAGUUACAACCUCAGCUGCUAACUCUCCUGAAGACUGGAACUCCACGAUGUGAGGUGGUCAGCUCGACCAACGGGGAGCUGAACGUCGAUGACCCGACGGGGGCCCACUCCAACGCACCCAUCACGGCGCAGGCAGAAGUGGAGGUGGUGGAGGAGGCUAACUGCCUGAAAAUGCUCAACUUGUGGUGCUGCUGCUUCUUUAAGAGGAAAAGGAAGAAGACGGCUCAGCGGCACAAGUGACCUGCGCGCCUGGCCGGGACCCCGGCGCCUGCAGCUCCUGCCCUGCCUUGCUGGAAGGGGCUUCUCUUGA